CGGAGCACACAGGCGGUCUCUCUCUCUCUCUCUCUCUCUCUCUCUCUCUCUCUCUCACACACACACACACACACACACCGGGACGACUUCUCUACCAAGUCCAAAAGCUGACAACUUAAAAGAAACAAAAAGUCUUUUUCACCCUCCGGACAGAUCCGGGACAAACUGUGCGCAUCCUCCCUCUCCAGCGACUGCGCGUUCGGAUUUUAGUUCAAAAGAGCAGCAGACACAUUGAAGGUGUUUCAUUUCCAGACAAACCGAGAGCUGACUCUCCGUGCCCUCCCUGACAACUCCUUCUGAACUCCCGUUCGUCUGCAGCUUCUUCUUCUCUUGUCUGCGAGGCGCCCGGUGCUCCCCCCAGGCUACACUAGAGAGCGGGCACAGCGCCAUGGUAACUCACAGCAAGUUUGACUCCGCGAUGAGCAGCAGCCCCGUGGACUCCAACAUGCGGCUGCCUCAGCGCUAUAAGACGUUCACCUCCAAGGCGCAGUACCAGAUGGUGCUCGCCACGCUCCACAAGCUCCAGGAGAGUGGCUUCUACUGGGGUUCCAUCAACGGGAAGGAGGCCAACGCCAUGCUGGCGGCCGAGACCACCGGCACCUUCCUCAUCCGGGACAGCUCGGACAACAGACACCUGUUCACGCUCAGCGUCAAAACGGCGUCGGGCACCAAGAACCUGCGUGUGCAAUGUGACGCGGCGUCUUUUCACCUGCAAACGGACGCAAAGAACAUUCAAUCUGUUCCCCACUUUGACUGCGUCCUGAAAUUGGUCCAUUACUACAUGCCCCAGAGCAAGGGGAACACUCGCAGUGGGAAUAUGUUCUACAUUCACUCUGGAGGAGAGAAGAUCCCCCUGGAGCUCAUCAAACCUCUCUCCUGCAGCUUGUCCACCUUGCAGCACCUGUGCAGGAAAACGGUCAAUGGACAUUCGGACAUUUCGUCUAAAAGAGACCAACUUCCUCAUCCGCUGAAGGAGUUCCUCCAGGAGUACGAUGCGCCGAUCUAAAGGUGUUGGCCCGAUGCUCUUGAAGGGGCUGAGACUUAAGAGUGUCACAGAGAAAUGGGAUGGUUUCAGCAUGGCUACGUUUGACGACAUGUGCCGUGUCUGAGGAGUGAUGAGUAGGCAGAAGCACGAGAGUCAGGCCCUUGGACUGAGCUUGUGAACAGGAGAGGUUUUGUACCGACAAGUUUGAUGGUGGUUCUCAGAGGAACGUGGCUCACCGGCCUCUUAAGGUCCACAUUUCAGGAAGAGAUACUGGACUGAUGAGGAAUAAUGCACAAAGAGGCCUCAGAGAAAUAUCUCUGCUGAGAGAUUACCCCGUCGGCCUCCCCUGCCCCCUGCCGUCUGAUGACGUGCAACUUACUGAAAACUGAAGCGAGACUCGCAGUCAGCUGUCUCCAGUCUGAUGACACACAGGUUCCGUCUGCUGCUGCUGCUGCUGCUGCUGCUGCUGCUAACAACCAAUGUGCUUGUGAGCUCCAGCUCACACACACAUCAGCCUCAGAAAAUCCUCCAUCCAUUAGAGCCCGACUCGGCUUUUUACGAUCAGACUUUUGCUGACAUUGGAUGAUAAUCUUGGAUGUACUGGACUUGUCUGUUCAGCAGCCUGGGAUCUCUAAAUAAGACAAUGGAAACUUAUAGUUCAAAGUGAUAAAGGGCUGAACCUUUUAUGUGAAGAUAUUUCGUAAAUAUUUCUGAUAAUCCGUUUGGGUGAAUGGUUUAUGCCAUAUUGCCUAAACUAGACUACAGUUUCUUUGGAAGACCAGCAUGACUGAAAUCCGACACGAUCUUCACUGAGAGAAACAGUACCACUGCUGAGUUAAUAAUACUAAAAGUUUGAGUGAAAUCGUUGGUGAAGAAAAAACGUACCAAAAGAUGUGGCAGCGUCCGUGGCGCGGGCGGAAUUGUCCCUCAAUUGCAAUUGCAAAUGAAUGUAUCAAAUGUGGCAUCUUUCUUUUCCUGAUAAAGGGGAAGAGCCAACGUGCAUCUUGUCCUUAACACAACGUUUACAUGAGUGAAGAUGAAACGGCGAACCUGUAAUUGUACUUUCUUUUGUAAAAAUGUACCUGUGCCAGCCGAACCCGUGGCUGUGGAUGCUUGAAGACAUUUGAGAAGUUUGACGAAACAAGCAGACUGAAAGACGAUUUUGCACUUAUUUAUAUUUGUGAGAACGGUUCAAUAAUUUAUAAUAAAGAGCACUAUUUUUCUAUGAAA